UGUUAUAGAGCGGAAGUUUGAGAAAUAUAGAGACGGGGAAGAUAGAAAGAGGCCAAACGAAGAACUAGAAAAGCAACUUUUGACUAAGGAGGGAUUACUUGAUUCGAUUAUAAUCAUAUCUUAGGGUUUCUUCUCUUUGACGGCGAUUACUUUCUCAUUUCUGAUCAAAUCGGCGGAAAACAGAGUAAUCACAAGGUUCAUAGUAGUAUCAGUUCUUGUCAUGCGAUUGUCUCAAUCUGCCUCGGUUUCGAGAAGAAGGAAGAAUCAAUCAGUUGCAAGUGGUGUAAGAACUCGUAAGAAGCAUAAAAGACUUGAUGCUAUAUGUGAUCAUUUGUAUAAACGAAAUCACGAUCAGGUAGAAAGUGAAAUAGGUGAUUCUAGAGUUGCAAGUGGUUCGGGAGAUCAUGAAUCUGAGCUUCGUAGGGGUACUAGGGUUAGGCGUCCACCUACUGUGCUUGAUGCAUCGCCCUCGCCUGCGAAGAAACGGAGGAAGACUGAUAAAGGGAGAGUAGUAGGGAUUGACAAUGAGUUUCCUUGCUCUGAUUCUAAUGGUGCGGAUGAAGAAUCUGAUAAAUGGAGAUCUAGGUUGAGAUCUAGGGAUAGAAAUGCAUUAGUUGGAUCUAGAGGUAAGGGAGGUUAUCCGCCAACGGGUAAAAGGAAACUGUUUGUGGACCUUAAUGUGUCUGCUCAAGAAGAUCAAUCCGAAGAUAAUCCACUGGAAGGUGAGGAACAAGAAACUGUUAAGUCAACAGUUGUCAAGUCGAAAAGACCGGGUAGAAUUAAGGCCUCCAAUGUUUUGAGGCCGGAUAUUGAAUUGCAUUUCGGAAAAGAUGGACAAGGUGAGAACGAACCUGAACCUUUAGAAGUCAGUGAUGAUGGUGAUGAUGAUAAUGCUGCUACUGAUGACAAUGAUAAUGCUGCUACUGAUGAUGAUGAUGAUGACGAUGAUGAUGCUACUACUGAUGAUGCUGCUGCUGAUGAUGAUCAAUUGCACUUGAAUGGCGCAACUACAUCUUUUGGUGAUGCAGAGGAGAGAAAAGCUCAAUCAAGUGUCCGGGAUGAAGAUUCUAUUGCUAUUAAUGAUGUAGAGCCAGAGGAGCAGGACAAACAAGUUGAAGAAAACAAAUAUUUCACUGUUCCUGAAAAUGUUCUGACAGAAGAGCAGUUCAAGCAGGCGGAACUAGAAAAUGCUUUCCUUCCCAAUGACAAUGCAGAGUCAGUAAAACAGGAUAAGCAGACAACUCCAAGCCCACUUUCCCUUGAAGAACACAAACAGGAUAAUGCUGAAGUUGGAAUUCCUGCUAACUCUGCCAGAGAUGGAGGGGACCAUCAUCAACACUUGAAGGAUGAGACUACUGCAGAAGUUGACACUGGGAAUAUUGGUAAGCCGCGGAUAAAAGAAGGAAGAAAAUGUGGUUUGUGUGGAACAGGGACUGAUGGGAAACCUCCCAAGAAAUCACUGGGGGAUGGGGCUGGAAGUGACCAUGAUGUGUAUAGUGGCUCUUCAGUAUCCGAGGAGCCCAACUAUGACAUGUGGGAUGGUUUUGGACAUGAACCUGGAUGGCUUGGACCCCUUCUGGGUCCCAUAAAUGAUCGCUUUGGUAUUGCUGGAAUAUGGGUACACCAAAAUUGUGCCGUUUGGAGUCCAGAGGUUUAUUUUGCUGGUUUGGGACGGCUUAAAAAUGUAAGGGUCGCACUAUGCAGAGGAAGGGCAUUAAAAUGUAAUCGAUGUGGAAGACGUGGGGCAACCAUCGGAUGCCGCGUUGAUCGUUGUCCAAAAACUUACCACCUGCCAUGUGCACGAGCCAAUGGCUGUAUCUUUGAUCAUCGAAAAUUUCUUAUAGCCUGCACCGAUCAUCGUCAUCUCUUCCAACCUCAUGGAAUUCAGUAUUCGCAACGGAUUAAAAAAUUGAAGGCCAAAAAAGUUAGGUUUGACAUGAGAAAGAUUUCAAAUGAGGCCUCACGGAAGGAUAAUGGAGCAGAAGAAAAAUGGCUGGAAAAUUGUGGAGAGGAUGAAGAAUUUUUGAAACGUGAGAGCAAACGACUCAGUAGAGAUCUGUUGAGAAUUGCUCCAGUAUAUAUUGGAGGUCCGAACGCCGAAAAUGCCACUCAGUUUCAGGGUUGGGAAUCGGUGGCUGGGCUGCAGAAUGUUACCCAAUGCAUGAAAGAGGUGGUUAUUCUACCAUUACUGUAUCCAGAGUUCUUCAGCAAUAUGGGGCUUACACCACCUAGAGGAGUUCUUCUGCAUGGUUACCCUGGAACUGGUAAAACACUGGCUGUGCGUGCCUUAAUAGGUUCUUGUGCUAGGGGGGAUAGGCGUAUUGCCUAUUUUGCUCGCAAAGGUGCAGAUUGUUUAGGGAAAUAUGUUGGGGAUGCUGAGCGGCAAUUGAGACUUCUGUUUCAGGUAGCUGAGAAAUCCCAACCAUCUAUAAUUUUCUUUGAUGAGAUUGAUGGUUUGGCUCCUUGUCGAACUAGGCGACAAGAUCAAACUCACAAUUCUGUAGUUUCUACAUUGCUUUCUCUAAUGGAUGGUCUGAAAUCUCGAGGUUCCGUUAUAGUCAUAGGUGCAACAAACCGGCCUGAUGCAAUUGACUCUGCUUUAAGACGACCGGGCAGGUUUGAUAGAGAAAUUUAUUUUCCCCUACCUUCUGCUGAAGAUAGGGCAGCUAUUCUCUCCGUUCAUACAAAAAAAUGGCCCAUGCCAGUUUCUGGAUCAUUACUCCAUUGGGUUGCUGGGAAAACUAUAGGUUUUGCCGGUGCUGACUUGCAGGCUCUUUGUACUCAAGCAGCCAUUGUUGCCUUGAAAAGGAGCUGCCCCUUGCAAGAGUUAUUUUGUGCAGCUGAACAGAAAGUACCAAAUGGUGAACGGCCUCCUCUUCCUUCCUUUAUUGUGGAAGAAAGGGAUUGGUUAGAAGCUCUUUCAUGUGCACCGCCCCCAUGCUCUCGCCGAGGAACGGGAAUGGCUGCAAAUGAUGUCGUAUCAUCCCCUCUUCCUAUGUACCUUUUUCCUUGCCUUAUGUCGCCAUUGUGCAGAUUGUUCACAUUCCUUUGUCUUGAAGAACAUCUCUGGUUGCCACCCCCUCUUUAUAAGGCUACCAGAGAACUAAAAACUAUCAUUGUUUCUGCUUUGCAAAAGAAGAAAAUGCCGAGUGAUAAGUGGUGGUGCCUUGUUGAUGACAUGAUUCUAGAUGGAGAUAUUGCAAGAGAAGUUGUACUUAAAUUUUCACAGAUUGGCAUAUUAUGGGGACUAGCCAGUGAUUGCAAUGCAUAUGGUUUACUCGCACUUGCAGAUGAGGACCAUAAAGAGCUUGAAACUUCAAAGGCAUUCAUUCCAGUUGUUGAGAAUAGUUUGCUGAGAAAUAUAUCUAGUGCAUCACAUAAGAGAACAAGUUUUCGUAUAUUAAUUUCUGGAAACCCUGGAUCUGGGCAAAGGCAUCUUGCUUCUUGCAUUCUUCAUUGUUUUGUGGGAAAUAUUGAACUUCAAAAGAUUGAUUUAGCUACAAUUUCAGAAGAAGGAGAUAUGACACAAGGCAUAACAAAGAUAUUGAUGAAAUGCGCUAGUGUACGCUCUUCUGUGUUAUUCAUGCCAAGAAUUGAUUUGUGGUCUACUGAGAGUUGUGAUGUAACUGAGGGAAAUCAGAUCAAUCCUUCUGUUCUAGGCCCCAAGGGAAAGAACAAAGAAUCUUGUUCGAUAUCUUGUGAAGAUAAAGGAAGUAUUUCAUUCCAAGACAAGUCAUGUGAACUUCCGAAGGUUCAAGAAUUGCAGAAUCAACAAAGAAGCUCUUGUAUUUGGAAGUUGUUUGUGGAGCAUGUGGAGUCCAUAUGCGUCUCCACAUCCUUGAUGAUUCUGGCUACCUCUGAAGUACCUCUUACAGCCCUUCCACUUGAGGUCAGACAGUUCUUUAAGAGUUGUGAUGCAGGCAGAAGUCCUUCGGCUCUACCAAAGGAGACAGUGCCUCGAUUUUCUCUUGAGCUUGAUAAGGAUUUCAACCAUGAUCUAGCAAUUGAGUCAUCAGCAAGAGUAUUGUCAAAGAGUUUAGUACAAGAGCUCAUUCAGCUGAGCCAUCAACGAAGACAUGACCUGGAAAAUUCAUACACUGAAGCCAAAUAUCGUGAUAACACCACCACAAAUGCUCUAGCUUCAGGGAAAGCAAGUGAAAGUGCAAAAGCACAAGAGUUUCCUGAUGCUGAAAUGAAGGUUUCAUCAUCUCCGCCAGACAACAGAAAUCUAAAAGGGAAACAAAACCUGUUUCUGGCUAUAUCUACUUUUGGCUAUCAAAUUCUGCGAUAUCCUCAUUUUGCAGAGCUAUGCUGGGUGACAUCCAAGUUAAAAGAAGGUCCAUGUGCUGAUGUAAAUGGACCUUGGAAAGGAUGGCCGUUCAAUUCAUGUUUGGUUCUUCCUGAUAAUUUGUCGGAGAAUGUAACUCUUUCCAGUGGAACCAACAAUGCUAAAAGCAAAGAAAAGUACAAGUUGGUGAGAGGCCUAGUGGCCGUUGCUUUAUCAGCAUAUAGGGGCCAAUACACUUCGCUUAGAGAAGUUUCCCUUGAGGUCCGGAAGGUCUUGGAACUCCUAGCCGGAGAGAUCAAUGGGAAAAUCAAUGCUGGGAAAGAUAUGUACCAUUUCAGUUGUCUUUUAUCACAAAUGGCAUAUUUUGAGGACAAUGUUAAUAGCUGGACAUAUACAUUGCAGAGUUUAGAAGUAGACAUGAAAGCAGCACCAGGAACUUCAAAGUCAGUUAGUAGUAAUUGUAAGGGGCAAGAGGAUAAUCCUCUUGAAGAUGAUAUCUGUGUUCCAGAUGUUUCAGUGAAAAGAAGCUUCCUCGAGCCCGAGGUGCAGGAUAAAAGUUGUCAGAAAUUUGCCUCUGCAGAUAUUGGAGAUAAUGAUGUGAACAUGGAGAUUCAUGAUGGUGUUGUGGCUGAAGUUCCAUCAGCUCAAGCGGUGCACAACCCUUCUUCUGAACCUGAUUUAAUGUUGAAAGAGAAAGAGAGGAUGAAUCCUGAGGUGUGUAUAACAGAAAUUACAGGGGAUUCUGGUUUGAACGGAGACUUGAAUCCACAGGGGGGAUGUUCUAAUGGAUGUGCUGAAAAUAUCACCAUUGUUCAAGGUGGUGGUGAUGGUCCCAGUUCCAGUUCGGAUAAAAGAUCCGUUGACGUGGAAAUGGAUAAUGAUGAUGGUGUUCUUCCUAUGGUUGAAAGCGUUGUGUGCUCUUACCGCUGUUGUGCUGCUUGUGUGAAAAGUCUGCAAUCUGCAAUACAAAAAAUGCUUGUUCAUGAAUGGGGGUUAAAAGAAGAAGGUAGUAGCUGGACGGUUGAGGAUUUACACAGAAUGGUCCAAAUGAUGUCCAUGCGUUUUGACACAUCUCUGAGGAAAUUAGAUGCCAGCCAAAGAUCAAAAAAGAAACUUACUACUACAAGUAUUGAUGAGUUAUUAGAACAUCCGGUGGACAAAAAAGGAAAGUGUGAUACCUCUGUAGAGAAACUAAUUAUUGUUGCAAGCGAGUGCAGCAGCUGUCAUUCAAGAAGCAAGAAGAAGAAAAAGAAGAAUUCAACAACAAAUGAAUUGGAUUUGAGAUUCAUAUGCAAAGAUGGUGUUGUGGCUCCUCAAACGGUGGAUGAUAAUGAGAAUGAUGAUGAUGAUGAUGAUGGUUGUUCGAAUCACUGUAAAUUUGAUAGUCUAUGCCUAUGUGGUCUUAUAGAGUGGGUAGUUAAAAUGUAAAACCAAGCAGACAGACAGACAGACAGACUUGAGAGGAGAAGAAGUUCAAUUUUUGGCCUCCAUUCUUCAGGAGUUAAGUUAUAUGGUGUUCCUUUUUUGAUAUGUAAAAGAAAAGAUUAAAAAUUUUGUCCACCUAUUAUUAUGGUCAAGUAGUAGUAAUAGUAGUUAGACAAAGAAGAAGA